GCCAAGACAAGAUGGAAGAAAGCAACAGCCGCAAGACAACAAUGUUUUGGCUAUAAAACCUCAAAGGAACGAGAAAGGGAAGAAAAUACGAACGUUUAAAGCAAAUAGCGGUCAUGUGUAGAUCGAUGUGCCUCAGAGUGGAGUCUGACAUUCGCAACGACACCAUGCAGUGCACCCUGGACUGAAGAGGCAGACAAAUAACAGAAAUGUGUUUAGGGCCUCUGUUAAAUUACACAUUUCUCGAGGACAUCCCCACUUGGCCCCAUUUAGUGUUUCCCCUUUCUGCACGUGCUGACCAACCAUGAGUAUUAUCCAAGACAAGCUAGGCAACGAGUUUCUGCGAGGCAAUGGGGGCAUGGACCCCAACUUUGCCCCGGGCAUGCUCAUGUUCAGCCACCUGCCGCCCGUCACCAGCUUCACCCGCCUGGCCUCGCAGUCGGUCAUGGGGGGCGACCUUCCCCAGGAGAUGAUCCUGAAGAAGGAGCGCGACUCGCCACCCAACGCCCACGGCUUCCUCCACGGCAUGGGCAUCAAGCAAGAGCGGAUGAGUGAACUGGAUUACCGCAUGCCCCUUUAUAGCGGAGGUGGCGGGGGAGGAGGGCUGGGUGGCAGCUGUGGCGGAGGAGGAGGGGGCGUGGGUAAGGGCAACGAGAUGAUGGAGAUGCAGUUUGGUGGAGGCCACCACCACAACCAUCAGAACAUGCUCCUGCACGACCUCAGCCACGGCGAUGUCCGAAUGGGAGAGCCGAUGUCUGGAAUACCAGAGAAAGGGCCAAAAGAGUCGUCGGGAAGAAGAAGGAAGAGCAACAGCGAUGGGGAGGGGAAAGCCAGAAGAAAACGUGGAGAACCCAAGGCCAUGAUGCUGGACGGCGGGGGGACCGGCCUGUCUCCCAACUCCAAACCGCACAUCUGCGAGCACUGCAACGCUGCCUUCCGCAGCUCCUACCAUCUCCGCAGACACGUGCUCAUCCACACAGAUCGCACAGGUGAGAGGCCUUUCCGGUGCAGUCAGUGUAACAUGAGCUUUAUCCAGAAGUACCUGCUGCAGCGGCACGAAAAGAUCCACAGCGUGUGUGUGUGUGUAUAUAUUCAUUCCUCAGGAGAGAAGCCCUUCAGCUGUGACCAGUGUAACAUGUGCUUCAUCCAGAAGUACCACAUGGAGCGACACAAGAGGACCCACAGCGGAGAGAAGCCAUACAGAUGUGACACCUGCCAACAGUUUUUCUCGAGGACGGACCGGUUAUUAAAGCACAAGCGGACCUGCGGAGAAGCCAUAAAGAAGGGCCUGGACCCCAGCAUGCUGGAGCUUGCCCACGGAGACAUGGGCCAGGGCAACUACUCACUCACUCAGGGAAACGCUACCGCCACCUCGGCAUGCAAGAGAGGCAAGUCCAAAAAUGUAGGCGAGGGCGGCGAUCGUAAGCGUAAGAAGGCUGCUGCCACCACCGCGUCAUCCGGGGGCCUGCAGGACUACGGCAUGGAGUGCGCCGGCCCCAGCCUGCAGGGCCGCUCACCCAAGCUGGUGUUCAAGAAGGCCAAGAAGGGCCUCCUCCCCAUGGAGGAUGGGGGGCAGAAGCUGCUGUCUCAGAAGCAGGGCUCCAUGGAGCUGGCGGGGGGCUCAGGGCUAGACGCCAUGGGCCUCCUCCAGGGUUCCUCCAGCGGUGGCGCAAAACGGGGCCCAUCAGCCACAAGCAACAACUACGACGACGCCAUGCAGUUUGUGAAGAAGCGGCGCUACCUCCAACACAUGGCCAACAACGACUACGCAGCGCCAUCCCUCCACAUGGGCCAGCCCCAUGCCAGCAGCGUGAUCCAAGGAUCGCUGGGACACCACAACGAGCCCACCCUGGCCAUGCUGGACACCUCGCCCCUGGACCUCAAGCACCACGACAAGUCGGUCAUCCCGGACGAGGUGCUCCAGAGCCUGCUGGACCACUACAGCCACAAAUCGGAAGGCACGCACCACCAUCACCACGAUGUGAACUUUGACCUCUCGGACCACAGCGGCCCGCACCACGUGACCCUGCAGCCGGCGGCCCCUGUCACCCCAGAGCUGGACGUCGACUCGCCCAACGGCGGCGACAAGCAGGUGGUCAUGAGCGAGUACUCCAAGUUCCUGCUGCAGGCCCUGGAGCGCACCAGCCACAGCGGGCCCUUCCCCACGCUGGUCCCCAGCGGGCCCUUCCCUUUGCUCUCCAGCACCUCCAGCCCCACGGGGCCUCUCUUCUCCGACAAGCAUAUCUACACUACAUCUCCGCUGGAGUGCGGCUACCAGCCCGCCGUCUCCUCGCCGCUGCCCAUCCCCUCCAUCUCCUCUUCUUCCUCCUCCUUGUCCUCCUCUAAGUCCCACUACAGCAUGGUGGUGGGCUCCCCCUCCCAGCCGGCCUUCCACCUCAGCAACCUGGAGGUGGCUGGCCACCAGCAGCUCACCCCGUCUCAGGAGCUCACCGAGCAGCUGGAGAAGCAGCACCACUCCCCCGGGUUCCAGCUCAUGCCUCAGGAGCUGACGGCCACCGGUGGAGCCCCCAAGGAGCAGGGGGCCAAGGGCAACGGGAGCAACGGCACCAAUGGCUCCGGCAGCUACUCCGACCUGAUCACGCCCAAGGAAAUGGACCUGCGGGCCACCUACCAGAUCGAAAACUUCGCCCAGGCCUUCGGUUCCCAAUUUAAGUCGGGCUGCCACACCCCGCUGGGCUACAGCACUGGGGCCGAGGUCGAUCAACGAAUACGAACUCCCGUGUCAGAAUUCUCAGGGUAUACCAGUUUGUUAGCUGACGUCAGUGAGCCAGUAAGUACAGGAUCGAAAACCCCAACAAGCCAAAGUUUCAGGUAAGGGUUAAAAUGAGGUGAACCUAGUUGCGGGUCUUGUAUUUUUCUUUGUGUCCCUAUACCCCUCUACAUUUUGUUCUUGUAGCGAGGUCAAUUUUUUUUAAACACUGCCAUUAAAUGUUGAUAAUGAGAACUCUACCAGGGGAAGGUCUUCAAGGCCUCAAAUGCAAUUUUUUAUAUUCCUUUAAAAAAAAUCUGUAUUUAGUCUUUAUUUUGUUAGUGUAGUUGGUAUGAUAUGAACGUAAACGUAGAUUUUAAUGUAAUUUAAAAAUUAGGGGUUAGCUAAGCUUGAUCAUUUUUAUUUUUGAACUCUUGUUUUACCAAUCAUCAUACAGUUGUAAAGUAAUAAUGAAUGAUGUUGAUAAUUACAAUAAUAAUAAGGUGGUGGCAGGGAAAGGCCCAGAAUUCAAAUGGCAAAAAAAGUUAUAUUGUCUGUUACAAGAAUCGUAUUACUCAGGUAUUAAGGAAAAAUUGUGUAAUAAGGAAAACUUUGUAUAAUGAGAUGCAAUUAGCACACUUUUUACAAGUGUACUUUGAGACUACAAAGCUUUGUUACUAUUUAUCCCUCGAGGAGGGGGAAACAAAAAGACAAACAAAUUCAACGGAUCUUCCUGUUCAGUUUUCUUUGUCAUUGAACAACCCUUUCCGCGACGUGUAGCUGUGUAGAGAUUAUGGUACUUCUGUGUCAAUGUGAAAAUGACUGCUCGCAUUUCCUCCGCAAAGGGCCACAUGUAAAACGCACGCUAACAUGGAUAUUUAUACACUCAAGAACUCAUAGUGCACACAGUCCAGCCUCAACGGAAAGCAGUUUCAACCCGAUAACCUUUUUUUGUAUAUAUAAGUGAUGUUUGUCUAGCCAUGCACCUUUGGAUGCCCCCUUCAAUGGCCCGUGACAAGGAAAUGCGCUGGCCCCAUUGGUGACAUUUCAACUAUAUUGUCUCAUUGUUACUGGGUUCCACUCCACUCCUGUCUGUUACUUUUUUUGUCAGUGGAAAUCAAACAAGCACUUUUAAAAACAAAAUCGUAAUUGAAAACUAAAAACAGCCCAACUCAAUUAAGGAUGCGCAAAACAAAGCCAUUUUCUUAUUGAAGAAGAUAACUGUGAACGGGGGUGGGUGGGAUAGGGUGGUUUGUUGUUCUGUAGGGAGGGUUAGACGGGUUGAAUGGACAUGGGCAUUGAGAUGUAUUUUUGUUUUAGUCUUUUUGACGGUUUGGUCAGGUGGAGGGGUUGUACAAAUGAUGAUUUGCCAUAAUUGUAUGUAACCUAAUGUUCUGAGAAUACCUCUGUAUUGAUACUGAACAAAAAUAUAAACGCAACAUGAAACAAUUUCAAAGAUUUUACUGAGUUACAGUUCAUAUAAGGAAAU